GACCGCGAGUGCGCCCUCAGCCGUUACACUAGCAGCUCCUCCUCGCCCUCCCUACCUUCCUCGUAUCAUACUCUCCCCUCUGCUACCCCUCGCUGCAGUAUAAACACCGAUUACGUCCCGUAAUAUGUGGUUGAUUGGACCGAGAUAAAUCCAUCCCAAUUACCCCUCCCCAUAAAUAUUUCGUACUCUACCAAAUAAAAAGGCAGUCUACAGCUUUUCCUUUUUAGGCCGUGCUUGCGUCCUUCAGAGUUCAGACUCAGGAGGGUCGAGAGCUCCCGUUGUCCCCCAGGAAGAGCGAGGAGCAGGAAUUUGAUUGUUCUUGGCACCAAACCGGCGAUUCGGUGGCUCAUCAAGGUGUUCGUGGAGGAGGAUCACACAAGUCGACCAGACGCUCGGACAGUGCUAGGAGGAUGUUGACCAGAAGACUGCAGCAGGGAUGCAGCAGCGUUGUCCUGCUCGUGUUCCUCCUCGUCGCCAACGCGUCAGGCAUCUUCUCUGAACAAGAACAAGUGGAAGAGAGCAGCAAGCGGCGGUCGCUGGCGACGGGGAUGUUCUGCGUGGCGAAGCAGGGUGCGGACCCGACGGCGCUGCAGACUGGGCUCAACUACGCGUGCGGCCCCGGGCACGCCGACUGCGGCCCGAUCCAGCCCGGCGGCAAGUGCUACAAGGCCAACGACCUGCCGGGGCUCGCCUCCUACGCCUACAACGACUACUACCAGCGCAACGCCGCCUCCGGCGCCAGCUGCAACUUCAGCGGCACCGCCAUGACCACCCAAAACGACCCCAGCUCAGGGCAGUGCGUCUUCGCGGGAAGCUCCAUGGCGGGAGGCUCCAACGGCACGACGCCGGCGGCGAGCGCCCCAACCAGCCUCUUCCCGCCGUCGACGUUCACGCCAGGCUUCGGAGGGGGCCCCACCAGCUCCUUGACCCCUCUGGGGGACGACGCGGACAGCGUCAUGGCCGGCGCUCGCCGGGCGCUCUGCGUGCUGCUGCUCCUGCUGCCGCUCUUCUUCUUCUGAUCGAUGCCUCCGUCGACUGUAAAUUCUACUCCAUGGUGUGGCAUUCGUUGCAUUUUACUAGAGAAUAUCACUAUCAGGUUACAUGAGAGGGAGGAACUCUAGACUCUAGAGUGUCAUCAUCUUUACAUGUUUUUGUUCUUCAGAAGUAAACCAUCAUUGGUUGUACAUGUCAGGUCGGAUCUUCUAUAAACCAAACUAUACUAUAUGUAAAGGAUGUCUUUUUUUUAGAAAA